GAAAAGGGAGUGUGGGAGAGCAAUGGCGUCCAAGCAGGCGCAGCGUGAGAGGAAGGCGAAGCCGAGGACAAGGCCGCCGGUGCAGCAGCAGCUGCAGCAGAACCCGCAGAUGCCGCGGCUGCCGCUGAGAUGCCCGAGGUGCGGAUCUUGGGACACAAAGUUCUGCUACUACAACAACUACAGCCUGUUGCAGCCGCGCUAUUACUGCAACAACUGCAAGCGCUACUGGACCGUGGGGGGCGCCCUCCGGAGCGUCCCCGUGGGCGGUGGGUCCAGGAAGGGCAGGAGCAGGAAGUCCCGCGGCACCCGCGCCGCCGCCAAAGUUGAGAUGCUGGCCAACGGGGGCGCCGCUGGCUUGCCCGAUCUCGCUCCUACUGCCGCUCCCUUGCUGUCCUCCAUCCUCUUUGGCGAUGGGAAGGGAGGGAUCUUCUCAUGGGGGCUGCAAGCAAUGCCGGACUUCGACCCCGAUGGCAUCAUCCGGGGUUACCCGGCCAGCUCCGCCGUUUCCCUGCCGUCUUCCCUGUUCGGCGGGUUUAACUACCAGAAGAUGCAGCAGCAGCGGCGUCAGCAGAUGCUGGACUUUGGGCUCGGCGGGAUCGGCCGGCCUGCGCACAAGCUGGGGCUGGACCCGUAUCCCGCCAUGGGCCAGACUGGAAACGGCUGGCCGCAGCGGCAGACCAUCAAUUCUCCUGUGUUCACGACUGUGCCGACUGCUGUCGCUGUGACGGCCAACGCGCCGCCGGCUGGAGGGGGAAGCAGCACGGCGGAAGGGAUCUUCGCCGAGGAAGAAUGCGGUGGCGAGGACUGGAAGCUGUAUCUGUCGGCCCGUGGCCUUGACCCUGCCCCGCCCUCCCCGUCCGUCAUGUAAGAAGUGGAGCCGUGUCACCCGGCAGCCAUUCCACCUGGAGUCUCGAGUCGUUUUCGUAUGUUCUUUUUCCUUACCUUUGGAAUCAUCAAAAUAAAAAUGUUCCGUUAUGAUAUAAAUAGAUAGAGGUAUGUUUGGUUGGACAGAGUGGGCGGAGAGAAAGGAAAUCAGCCUCCGGAGAACAAAGAGCCUCCGCCGCCGCCGCCAACUCAGUAGAUUGAGGAAGAGUACAGAAAGAGAGUGUUCUGAGUACUUCUGUUUCCUGUUACCGUUGUUUUGUGCUAUAUGUUUGUUUGGAGUCUGGAAUGGUUUGCCUAAUAAUAAAAGAUUUUCCGUUUA